CAUCCUUUGGCUGGCAUUGUGGUGGCUGGCGCGCCAGUCGCAGUCGACUCGGUUUUGUUGUUCGUUCGUGGAAGCAAGUCGCAGGUGGGCGCCGCCGAGCGCGGCCGAGGUUGGCCGAGCGCGCCCGAGCGCCGAGCGGGCGAGAAGGCCGUAAGCGCCGCGCUGGCGCGGGCCCGCGAGCGCCGAGCGCCGAGCGCCGUCCGCCGACCGACCCGACCAGUCUACGAUCGGCCUCCAUCCUAUUCGGUUGUGUCAGUGACGGCGUAAACUACAUUUGACAGUUGUUAUCGUGAUCGUGUGAUGUUUUCAUAUCGGAACUAUGGUGUAUCCCCAUGAAAAUGUGGAGUGAUUUCCAGGGCUCGGGCGGCGGGUGCGGCGCCAAGCGGCGCGGCGGCUCCCCGUGCGAGGGCGGCGGCAAGGUCGCGCGCUGGGAGGACUCGAUAGCGAGGCUAGAGGCGGUGGCCGCCGGCGCCGGCGGCGGGGACUGCUGGCGGGAAGACGAGGAGCGGCGCGCGUGCCGCCGGCGCUGGUGCGGCGGCUGGUGCGGCGCGCACGACACCAUCCGCGCCGAGAACGGCAAGUCCUACCUCGAGCUGGGCGGCGCCGCGGCGCGCGCCUGCUGCGACGGCCGCGCGGCCGGCCGAUGCGCCUCCCGGCGCUGCUACCGGGAGCGGCGGCUCAAGAUGAUGAACCUGUGCGCGCUCAAGCUGGCGCGAUUCCGCCAGACGGCGGACCCCUCGCUGCGGCGGUCGGUGCUCGUGUGCAACACGUUGCGAGGCAUCGAACGCGAGAUGGAGCGCGAGAGCGCCGAGGAGGCGCCUUUCGAGCCGGCGUGCGUGCCCGGCGGCGCCGCCCGCUGCGAGCUCCUGGGCGCGCGGGACCCGGCCGCCGGGCGCGCGACGCCCUUCCCCUCCCCGCCGCCGCCGGACCGCGACUCCGGCUACGGCGACGAGGAGCAGCGCACCAUCGACUGGGGCUCGGUGCUGAGCCUGUCGUCCCGGUCGGCGCUGGACCCCCCCGAGGACGCGUGGCCGGACGACUGGGGCUGGAGCGAGGACAGCUUCGUGCGGCUGCUGGUGCCCACGAGUUAGUGCACGGCGCGCGGGCAGGACGCGCCCGCGCCCCCCUGAGCUGUGAUACGGCCGCGCGGGCGGCGGCGGCGGCCACGGCGCGCGCCGCGAGGUGAGGCGACGCCGCGCGGCUGCCGCGCGCCGCUGCGGCCGCGCGGCUCUUCUAGUCGGUCCAGCCGGUCCGGCGUCGGCCCCGUGCCCCGUGCCCCGUGCCGUGCCCGGCGCUCGGCGCCCGGCUCCUCUUCACGAAGCGACGCCGACGCGACGCAUACACGCAGUCAGUAGUUAGUAUUAUAUAAUUGCAAAAGGGAAGGUGCUAGCUUCGGACGUGACGCAGGACUUAAAUGCGAGCCGAGUUAUUUUUGAUAGUUUUAUUUCUUUAAGUGAAUUCCAAACCGAAACUGAAGUGACUUAGCUAAUGACGUUAUGAUCGUUUAAAUUAAAACUCGGGUGUUUAAAUUUUUUGUUGAAAUUAUUGUGUAAUUAUUAGGUAAAAUGCUAUAUUUAUUAUUUCGUUGAAAGGGUAAAGUAAUAGGUUGAAAUUAUUUCUGUCUUGAUAUUUUCAAUGAUGCAUCCGUACAACGAGCGUGACUGAGUUCUAUUAUGUUAUAAGGGCACAUACGCGCGCGAGAGCGAGUCCUCCGUCCCCCUGACUUCUGUACAUGUUGAUGACGCUACGCACUAGGCACCUAUUUGAGCCCAGAUCCGUCGCAGCCCCCGGCUCGCUAGUCUGAGCCCGGAGGCCUCUCUCCCGCGCGCCGAGCCGUGUGUGGUGUGGACAUGUGCCGAACGCGAGUAAUACGCUAGAACUGCUGACGUAUGCGACGAUUGGCUACAUUUACCGAGACGAACAAAUCUUAUAUAAGUGUGUACUUAAAACUGCUGGACUUACACAGUAUCUCAUCCACAGUUUCUUGUGACAGCAACUGGGUGUCAAUUAAAUAGCCUUACCAGCUGAGAAUUGUGAAAAUUACGCUUCAGCAGGAUCGCGCAUUACCUAAUUGGAACUGACCCCUUACGUGAGCUGGCGGUGAACAGGACACCUUGUUUUUAUACUCACAACAAUCCUUAAAUCGGAAUUGCAUAACAUAAAGCUAUGUCCAUACUUCGAGCGCCCUCUAGUGAACGAUCGCUUACUUAAGAUCGGCAAACAAACUAUGUAGUAACGUUCUCAUCGAAUAAGUGACCAUAAGUAUUAACUAUUUUAAACAUUGAAAAACAGUUCCUAUUUCUCCAUAACUAUAACAUAGAUAAAAGUAUUCGGGCUAUCUACACGCAGAACCAAAAGUGAUUUAAUUUUAGUGUCAAUCCAUCGUUUGCUAGAGGGCGCCCGAUUAUAAAGUAGGUUCAAUUCAUUGGUAAUAGACAAUGUAGAAUUCAGAGGAAAAGACACUGCAAUAGACGCGCGCAUAGGUAUUAUUGGAUAAUUCAAUGUUACAAUAGGAGAGCAACCAGUCUUUCAUGUUCGGAUGGUGCCUGCGCCGGCGCCGGCUCCGCUGACAACGUGAGCCCGGCCGGCGCAGGGACACAGGCUCUCCCUAUGGUAACUAAUCGCAUUAGCAAGUCCAGCUGUCCUCUUCUAUUAAAAGCUGACAAGGUUACAACGCAAUGUUAUGCGAAAUUUUACCAUUACCUAGACAAAAUAUCUGAUAUAAUUAAUUAUCAUUAUUUAAUAGAAUCAGGAUGCAGCUAACGUGCGUCGAGAGCAGAGGCUAAAGAGGUGCUGCGUGGAUUAGUGGUCGUUUAACUUGUUUGGAGACGUUCUGUGCUAAAGUGAACAAAUAUAAAAUGAAAUGCACAGAACUCUAAAUGGAAUUAGUGAAUGUGGCCGAGCACACUUCUCGCGGCACCACCCUGCCCUCCGCACGGACCCGGACUGCACGGACCAAGAUACCCAACACAACAUAAAUAGAGCAAAGUACAAAUUUCAAUAGAGUAAAAUGCAUUUAGUGCCCCGGCGCGUGUUGUCCACCGUUGUCAAUUACUCAAAUAUUUGAAUUGUGAUUCGGUAGCUAAUGAGAGAAAACUCUAUGUUCUUAAAUUUAGUGUACAUAAUAUACGGAGUUGGGCAUUAGGCGCGCGACGCGGCCGUUGUAUAUAUGUGUAAAGUAAUAAUUUAAUGAUUGACGCGGAUGGCCCCCGGCCCGCGGAGUGUUGUAACAUACCACCUCCUAUUCUGUCCAGUACAUCUUCUCUACCGCUACACUUUAUCAAUUAAGAUGUCACAAAUUGCCAGUACAGAUGUGAACAAUAUUCUAGAUAUAAACGGGUUCUGAACCCUGGAUGCACUGGAUAAUUUCAUGUUCAGCUCAAACUGUAUUAUUUUUGAGUUUACUUUUAAAUGAUAUUUCGUUAAACGUGUCCGUAUGGUUGUGAUGGUUUACUUAAGUAAGUAAGUUAACUUGGCGGCGAACUGCCAUGUUCUGACCUAUGCCUAAUAUUUAUGGACUACGCAGAGUAUGUAUAAGGAAUUCUGAACUUUAUGUAUUUGUGUCGCAUGUACUUGUACGAUUUUGGAAGGUACUUAAUAAAUAGUCAUCUGGAAUAUGUUUCUCUUGACCAUAAUUUUGUAAUCAUGUUUUAACAAUCAUUUUACAGACUGUGUUACAGGCAUCAGACGAUUUGGUACUCCCAAUAAAUGUAACAGUACGAACUACCAUGUCAUCCUGUCAUUUUCAUGAAAAUAGUCACCAAUAUUGUAUACAUAUAAUUGUUAAGUAUUGUGAAAAUGAUGCUCAAUGCAAAGAAAAGCUUUUGUUGUACUUUUCCUGUCAACUAAGUAUUUCUGUGUUAAGAGUUGCGUCAGGGGCACAACGUCACAAUACAGCAGAAAAUGUGAAGGCAUUGCCUCUACAAUACUCAUAGCUCCAACUGUUUGAGACUGGCACUCAAGUCUUCCUCAGUGAGCCUGCUAUGGUCAGUCUUAUCGACACUUAAUAUCUACCGAUACUAGUGUAUUUGGAUAUCGAUUUGAAAGAGACAUGUCGUGGACGAGAGUGACCCUAGAGGGCCCGCAGCCGAGCCCGCCUUGUGCCCUGGACGCGACUGUUUAUUCUCAUUUGCCAUAAGCCGAGCGCCGCGAGCGCAUCGGGUACCUAGUUGUGACUCAGCAAUAAUUGUUAUAUGACGUUGACGAUCGUACUUCUCGUGUCUUCUCUUCCUUGCGAAUAUUUCAAAGAAAUCUUCGCAACAUCAUACGUAAUAUAAAUACACGUGAAUGUGGAUCCUUAGCGUUUUUCAUUGCCAUUGGUUACCAAAAAUGACAGGAUUUUUUAUUGAGACGUUUGUGUAUAGAUAUUUUAGAAAGAAUACUCCCAUUAGAGAAUUGUGAAACCGAUUUGAAUUACUUAACUGAUAUUGCACAUCGAAUUGUUGAAUCGUUCCUCAAGUUGAGAGUUGUUCAAAACGCGUUUCGCGGGUUGUCUAAUGUAUGAUAUAUAAUUGUAAUAUAUUAUUGUUUAAGCUGUUGUGUCGGAAAUAACAAGAACAGGAAUAAUUUUGUGAAACAAUGGCACAAAGAAUGAACAUAAAAAUUAUAUAUAUUAUAAAAACAGAAAUGUCGCUAUAAGAGCAAUUUUUAUAAUAAAUAUUUACUGUUGAAGAA